AAAAAUAUCGAGAAUGAGUUAAUAUAAAUAUUUUUAAAACACACAUUUUCAAAUAUAUAUUUCUUUGUAACCGCUAGGAAUGUUAAGGGGUUUGAAACUCAUUAAAACCCUUUUAUGAAAGGCACCAAGGCCAAUUGUUACUCAACAACUAUCUUCAAUACAUAUAUCAGCCUAAGGUUCUUCUCAUGUUAUAUUCUGAUCUAUAUUCAAAGCUUGGUUUGUUAAUUUUCUUUGUUCAACAUAUUGUGCAACCAUAUGUCAUUUUUUCUCUGAGAGAGAGAAAAAGAAAAAGAUGGGAUUCAAAUAUCUUCCUCUCAAGCUUAAGGUUUUCCGGCUGAAACGGUUUCUGCUAGGCCGCGGCCGAAGAGGAGUAAAGAGAAAGCAUGUGAUGGUGCCUGCAAAGAAGCCUUCAUGGAUGAUGCCAAUAACACAUGGAUAUUAUGUGGUGGAGCAUCAUCAAGGUUCUGAAAAAGACCUUUUGAACUUUGAUUCAGUAGUGGUGCAAAGAGAGCAAAUGGAUCAUAAUGAAUUGUGGUAUUUCGGAAUGUUUGACGUUGUAGUUGGAGAUGUGGUUACCAAGUACAUUCAAUCCAAUUUCUUUAACAAGAAGCUUCAAGAGUCUCAUUUAAGGAGGAAAAGCAAGGAAACGCUGAAGAGGGCAUACCUUGGUGCAAGGGCAAAGAUAAGAGAGGAGUAUGAAUCAGAUGAAAGAAGCAGAAUGGGUUCAGGAUCAUGUGUUAUGGUGAUCAAUGGAGAGAAGCUUGUGAUAGCAAACAUGGGAGAUUAUAAAACUGUUGUCUGCAGAGAUGGCAUAGCUCAUCAUCACACAUCAUCUGGUAGACACCACCAACAUUCACCACGAAUACAUUGGUCUCGCAGACUCUUCUCCGGUAAAAGUCAUUCUAGAGGCUCAGAACUUGUUGUGAAAGGAGAAAGGAUUGAUUCAGAUACUGAAUUUCUGAUAAUGGCCAGCAAUGGUAUAUGGGAGGUGAUGCAGAAUCAAGAGGCAGUGAAUCUGAUAAGUCACAUAGAGGAUCCCCAAGAAGCAGCGGAAUUCUUGGCAAAGGAAGCUAUGAAUAGGAUGAGCAAAAGCAACAUCUCAUGCUUAAUCAUUCGCUUUGAGUGAUAAUCAUGCAAUCCUAAUAGGCAAUAUCUAUAGAAAUGUGACAGUGUAGAAUGCCUAUGUUUCUUUAUGGUCCAUUGACUUCAAUGGUUUUAGAAAAGAAAGUAUAUUGUUCAACAGAAUAUUGUGUUAGAUUAGAUUCAAGUUCAAAUUCCUUUCUUUCUUUGGAGUUUUCUUUUGGAUUAUGCAAUUAAAUUAAUGAUAUUCAUUUUUAU